GUUCCCAGCAGAAAGGAAUCUGAAGCGCGUCUGCUCGGUGUUUGCUCACGCCGUGAGUCAGACUUCCCAAGCUCCGCUCCUUGUGCAGGGACCCUGUCUCAGGAAGCACCAAUGCUACAGCCUCCAGCUGUGAGAAGGGAGGGUGGUUUGAAGGAGGGGAGGAAAAGAAACAGCUCGACGCUCUGCCGCCUGUUCCCGUCUCAAGUUCCCUGGCCAGCGGUGGAGUGGGCAGGGAGUGGGGAGCAGCCACGGCAAGCGGGUGAUUCUUCCCCUGCUGGGAGCGAGGAUGGGACGGUUUUGCAGCCGGCUGAGUCCAGGAAUUCCCAGUUAUAAAUGAUUAGCCCCUAUGACCAACAUGAGCUGGAGUUUUCUCACCCGCCUGCUAGAAGAAAUUCACAAUCACUCCACUUUUGUGGGGAAGGUCUGGCUCACCGUGCUGAUCGUCUUCCGCAUCGUCCUGACGGCCGUCGGAGGGGAGUCCAUCUACUCCGAUGAACAGAGCAAGUUCACGUGCAACACCAAGCAGCCGGGCUGCGACAAUGUCUGCUACGACGCCUUUGCACCGCUGUCGCACGUCCGCUUCUGGGUCUUCCAGAUCAUCACGAUCUCCACCCCUUCCGUCAUGUACCUGGGCUACGCCAUCCAUCGAAUCGCCAGGGCUUCCGAGGAGGAGAGGAGGUUUAAGGGGCUCAAGAAGAAGAAGCGGUUUGCUUUGCACUGGCAAGCCGUCCGUCACUUGGAAGACCCUUUGGAAGCUGACGAAGAGGAUCCCAUGAUCGCCGAGAACACGGGGGAAAAGGAGGAGAAAGCCAAAGCAAAGAACGGGAAGGAGCAGCAGAAGCAUGACGGCAGGAGACGCAUCCAGGAAGAAGGACUGAUGAAGAUUUACGUCUUCCAACUCCUGGCCCGAGCUUCCUUUGAAAUUUGUUUCUUGGUGGGGCAGUACUUUCUUUAUGGCUUUGAGGUGGAGGCGUAUUUCGUCUGCAACCGACUCCCUUGCCCUCACACUGUGGACUGCUUUGUGUCCAGGCCCACCGAAAAGACCAUCUUCCUCCUGGUGAUGUAUGUUGUGAGCUGCCUGUGUCUACUCCUCAACUUGUGCGAGAUGUUUCACUUGGGGUUUGGGACCAUUCGAGAUGCCAUUCGCAGCAGAAAGAUCAAUAGUUUCCGGCAGCCUCCCUACAACUAUUCCUACGCCAAGAAUAUCGCCUGCCCUCCGGAGUAUAACCUGGUCAUGAAAUCAGAGAAGCCAGCCAAGAUCCCCAAUAGCCUCCUGGCCCAUGAGCAGAACUUGGCAAACGUGGCUCAAGAACAACAGUGCACAAGCCCAGAUGAGAACCUCCCGCCGGAUCUGUCCAGCCUCCAUAAACAUUUGAGGGUGGCCCAGGAGCAGUUGGACACAGCUUUCCAGAGCUACAACACCGCUCAGGCCAACACGCAGCCUUCCAAAACUAGCAGCCCAGCGUCUGGGGGGACGGUGAUGGAACAAAACCGGACCAAUACUGCCCAGGAGAAACAAGGUGCCAAGCCCAAAGCCAGUUCAGAAAAAGGGAGCUCUAGCAGCAAAGAUGGAAAGACUUCGGUAUGGAUCUAGUGAGGGGCUUGACCAUUGCUCACAGACACAGCAAUGGAAGAAGGGGUGUGCGGCUUCCCAUCCCCCCCCAGCAUUGUCUAGAAUUGAAUUCAAAGAGCACGCAAUGUGUGUGUGGAGGUCAAUGUAAAUGAAGGAUGGGUUAUUUCAAUGUUUUCUGGCAUGUUCCGGCCUCGUCCUGACGUCUUCUCUCUGGGAACCUCCAUCCAGCUAAACUGAAUGGUCCCCGAUGCCUUCUGCUUAGGCACGGGAGUAACCGUCUUUCUCCUGAGGUGACCCAUCCCGGGAUCUCUAUCACACAGCCUGGACUGGCAAGCAAGCUGGUGAGUGGGAAGGGGACUCCUGAUCCUUCAGAAGAGAAGUCUGGGCCAUGCUGAGCAGCCCACGCCCUGCCUCAUGAGGCUCUAGUACUGUCCUUGCAUUGAAUGGUGUUUAAUUACUAAAUGUCCUCUCUCAAAUUAACGUUAAUUCCUCCGUUAAAGGGGAACACAGGGACAUGUUGCGAGAGCUGCCACGAUCUACUAGCAUCGUUGCUGUCCUGCCUGGAGACUUACGUGCACUAACAAGAGGGGAUGGAUGUCGUUGGGAGAUUGCAGCCGUAGGAUCUCACCCGGCAUGAAUCUAGCACAAAGACUGUCACCAGAACCGUAGCCGUAUUCGAAAGAAUGUACGCGCCCCAGAGUGAUUAGCGCAGAGGUAAAGGGGGUAUCUUCCCCCCUCAGUGCUGAACUGAGUGCUGAACAUCCCGUUUGCAGUAGAGCAUUGUAACAAAGCCACAGGGCAGUGUUUGUCACAGAGCUGGGGGAUUGCACCCGCUCAGCGUUUUUUAACAUUGCUACUGCACAGCUGAAGCAAAAGUGCCUUUAAGCAACCAGGGAAACGAAAUUCUAAGUGUCUGAUGUCUGUGUUAACUCUUAUAGAGAUCGGAAAACCAGUGCUGACAAAUUUUGUUAUCGUGUACAGGUUGGACCUCUCUAGUCCGGCACCCUCGGGACCUGACCGGUGCUGAACCAGAAAAUUUGCCAAACUAGGAGAGAUCAAUAUUGUCUAGCAGCAUUACCAACACU